AUGAGCGACUCAGACAGAGGUGACGUCCCCAAACCCAGUGCCAGAGCCAUCUAUGAGCAGAGGAAAAAAUAUUCCAGCGUCAUCAUGGCGGACGUCUCCCAGUAUGCUGUCAACCACCUUGUGACUUUCUCUAUCGGGGAGGAGGACGAUUUAGGAACCGUGGAGGAUGCGAUAAGGAAACUGUCUGUCAUGGAUGCCCAAGGGAAGAUCUGGGCUCAAGAGAUGCUGCUUCAGGUCAACGGAUCUGCCGUCAAACUUUUCGAUGUAAACUCAAAGGAGGAGCUGGAGAACUAUGGAUUGGCCGCUGUGGUUCGUUGCGAGGCAGUCCAAUCUGAGACCCGGUCCCGGUCCCUGCUUCUGCUGGUGUGCCAGGAGCCCGAUCAGCUCAAGCCGGAUGUCCACUUCUUUGCAUGCGACCACGUUGGGGCUGAAUUGAUCCAGCAGGAUGUUCACAGUGCUCUGUUGGACUUCAAAUCCGGGGGUAAUGCCCAGAGGAAAGAGGCACUCAGAGCUGCCCAGAACUGGCUGGGCAACCAGCCCAAAGAGUCUCCAUAUACUGUGGUUGAGUCCCCCAAGCCUUCCCGGACACAAGUCAUUUCCCCACUGCCCCCCUCAUCGGAUCCAGCUGAAAAGCAGCCUAAAAGUGGUGAUUCCCUUUCGCUGCCUGACCUGGCCGUCAUCCGUAUGGAGCAAGAUGUGGCCCUACUGAACCAGGUGUUUGACGAUGUGGAAGCCUUCAUGGGGAAAUUGCAGAAGGCUGCGGAAGCUUUCCGCGUGCUGGAUCAGCGGAAGCGCGCCUCAAGGGGGCGCCGCCGAGAGGCAGGCGUGGGGCUCCUGACCCUCCGAGCUCGGCCUCCUUCUGAAGAAGAAUUUGCAGACACGCUGGCUAAGAUGAAAUAUUCCUUCAGCCUUCUGGCCAGGCUCAAACCGAGUAUCAUGAACCCUUCCUCAGAGGAGCUGAUACAUUUUCUCUUUGGUCCCUUGAGGAUGGUUGUGGAGGCCUCUGGGGGGCCAGCGUUUGCUUCCGAGCUGCGCAGCCCCAUGCUGACCCGGGAGGCUGUGACCCUUUUACGGAGCUGCUUGGAGGAACGGGAAGCUGAGCUCUGGCAUUCACUAGGCGAAAACUGGACCAAGCCAAGAGUGGACUUCCCCCGGGAAUAUGCAGUUUCCUACACCCCAGCUUUCCAGAGCGGCUGGCAGCCACCUCUCCUGGAUGAUUACGGGCAGCCCUGGGAGGAUCCGGUGGAGGUGCAGCAUCGACACGAAGAGCGCCGUGCCCAGCAAUCGGCUCCCACAAUUGCAGCCAAUGGGCACGAACACGAAAUCAAAAGAGUCAGCUGCACCUACGACUUCGUAGCCAGAAACAGCAACGAACUGUCAGUCCUUCAAGGAGAGGUGCUGGAGGUCCUGGACGACAGCAAGAAGUGGUGGAAGGUUGAGAACAGUUACGGUCAGAUCGGCUACGUGCCUUACAAUAUUGUUAGUCCCGUUCUGCCUGGAGAUGGUGCCGACCCCCAGAACCACAACAGAACUGUCCAAUUCAAUGGAACCAACUCUGCAAGAACACAAGCACCGAAAACUCCACCUCAGCCACCGCCAAAGAGCCGGGUUCCGCACCAAAACGGCAGGCGCUGGGCUAGUGCGGAAGGGCUGAACAUGGACCUGAAUGAUCGAGAGCGGUUCAGCAACGUCAACGAGGAGCUUGCCCUAAGACUGGCUAACGGGACAUCCGGCGGCCGUAGCAAAACUCUUCACAUCCAGCGUGCUCCAGACACCACCAUGCCUUUAGAAUAUGACUCCAACCCGGCCCAGGUUCAAGCCUGGCUAGAGGCCAAAGGAUUCAGCCCAUUGACUGUGAGUGCUUUGGGCGUUCUGAAUGGAGCUCAGCUCUUCUCCUUGCAAAAGGAAGAAUUCAAGGCCGUCAGCCCAGAGGAAGGAGCUCGGGUCUACAGCCAGGUUACAGUCCAGAGAGCUCUGUUGGAGGAUUCUGGGAAAAUAUCAGAGCUGGAGGCAGUGAUGGAGAAGCAGAAAAGGAAAGUAGAAGGCGUUUGA